AUGCCAUUCCUUACGUUCAAACUUAUCCACAACGGACCGGAUGGUGCGAUCAUGAUGCAGACCCGUGAUAUAUCUACUUUGCAUCAAGGCUAUUCCAGCAAUCUCAAGGUUGGGACUAUGAAUACACGGAUUUCCUAUUAUGAAGGAUUAUACGCCAAGGCUUCAAAACUGGUGCCUAGUUCAACGAGUAACAUAUGCACCGUAAGUGAUCGCCGCUACAAACCUGUGUCAGAAUACUUGAUGGGAAUUACUCCGCCAGCAGGAAGACAACACGAGACCCGUAAGAUCAAAGAUCUGCGAUCCGAUCAACCGAGUUUAUCUAGUAAUUUACGGGUAGUCGCCGCCGUAAUGCCCGUCAAGGACCGGACUGCUACCCACGGCUAUGCGGAACGAGAUAUUACGCAUCACCUUUCACUCUCUAUCCGAAAUGGAGUUUACACGAACGAUGCGGUGAAGGGAAGUGCUCAUGCAGCCGUUCAUACAUAUCAGUCGAACAUGCAAGGCAGAUGCAUGGCCAAGAGUCGGUCCGCCUCCGUUGGCGAAGGAGUUUUGCUUGAGUGUAACCUCCGAAUAUGCACAGCAGGGGACUCUGGGACCUGGUUAUCUGGAACUCUCGAAUUCAUCCCAGUAACUUCGUUGAGAGUCUUCGACCACAUGACCAUUGGCGAGUGGCAUGAGUCAAAGAGCGACGGCUGCUAA